AUGCUUUCCUUUCAUUUCUGGAAGUCCCUGGGUCGACCUACAGAUGCUGCUCCUUCCGUGGCCGAUGGCAUUCAGACUCCUCGCCGCCGAAGGUGCCAGACAAACAACUGGACAGAACAGCUCCGCCACGGGAAGCUGGCCCCAGUCUCGGCCGGAGCAGCAGCCCCCCGGCCCCAGACCACCUCUGCCACCCCAGCCGGGAGCCUUCCCGCCUCCCUCGGUCUUGCCCCCACCGCGCCACAGGGGCUGAGGACCUGGGAGCUGGUGGCAGCCGCCGCAGUGGUGCCUACGGCCUUGGGGCCGGUCCAGGCACGUGGGGCCCUGCUCAGGGCCACUCUGCAGCCCCUCCGUGGCCAGGGAGGGACCCAGGACAGCCCCGGCGCUCACCACUGUCUCUUCCUGUCGCUGAAACUUAGCCGAGGGCUCGGAAUGGAAGGCGCCACUCCGGAAGGGGCAGGCCGAGGGGGAGGGGGAGGGGGAGACGGAACAGAGUGCAGGGACAUUAUUGCCAAGUCUCAGGGCGGCAGGGACCCCCCCAAAAAUGAGGAGGCUCACUACAUCACCACCCACGAGAUCCAGCUGAGUGAGGUGGAGCAGGACAUGGAUUUUGACGUGGGACUGGCCUCCCGCUGGGAUUUCGAGGACAACAACGUGAUCUACUCGUUCGUGGACUACGCUUCCUUCGGUGGCAGCGAUGAGACCCCGGGGGACGUCACCACCCCGACCGAAGAGGACGACGACAACAGCUGCUACCUCAGCACCACUCCUAGCACCAAUGCCACCCAGACUCCGAGCCCCACCAGCAGCGACCCGGCCCGCCCUGACGCCGACAGCAGUGGUCGCCACACCAGCAGCACGGAAGUGGGCAGCGGCCCCUCUGACAGUGACCCCACUCCCCCACCCACCGGGCCUGGCACCGCCACCCCGAGUGAGCCCUUGCCCGAGCCCCCGGAGGCAGCGUCAGGGGCAGCCGCCGCCGCAAGCAGCUGUGGGAGUGCGGCAAGCCAGAUCCUCCUAUCAAUCAAACCGACUUCCCGGGCUAUAAAUGAGCCUAGCAACGUGCGUGCAAAGCAAAACAUUAUUUAUGCUGCCAAGCAUGAAGGCGACAUGAGCCUCCGCGUCUCUACAGCUGCUGAACACAAUUCAAGUUCACUGAAGCAAGACCCGGCUGCAGCCGUGGCUCAGGACCAUGCAAAGAAAUUCAUCGCUGUCCCUGCUCGCCUGCAGACCCGGUGCGGGGCCAUCCGGGCGAAGGAGCUGGUGGACUACUCCAGCGGGGCCUCCAGUGCCGUGAGCGAACUGGACGAUGCCGACAAGGAGGUGCGGAACCUGACCUCCCGGGCCUUCCGGAGCCUCGCCUACCCCUACUUCGAGGCCCUGAACAUCAGCUCCCGGGAGUCCUCCACGCUCUCCGAGGUCGGCUUUGGGCGGUGGUCGACCUUCCUGGACUUAAAAUGUGGAGGUGUUGGAGCCAGGGUGGAGCAGAGCCUCCUGAGGAGCAGUGCGGCCUCCGUGGCCGCGGGUCUGAGGAAGGGCGGUGGGGCCAGGACGGCCGCAGACCAGCUCUACAUCCAGUCCAAGAAGUCCCAGACCAAAGCCUUGGAGUUCGUGGUCAGCAAAGUCGAGGGGGAAAUCAAACAUGUGGAGACCCCGCUGUGUUUCCAGAAGCAGGUCCAGACGGGCUCCCGCGUGGUCACCCUUCUCGAGCCCAUGAAUUGCCGCAGUGACAGCAAAGCCAGUUCGGCCACUGGGCCCUGCAGAACCACCAGAGGCUCCAGCAAGGGCCCCGGGUCGGUGCACACUGACGAUGGCUCGGAGACCUCGGAGAGCAGCAAGCCUGCCUCCCGCGCCGACGGCCCCCAGAAGAAGUCCAAGUUUGCUUCCAGUCUGCUCAAAAAUGUCAUCUCCAAGAAGAUGCAGCGGGAACAUGAGUUCAAAAUGGAGAGGGGAGAAGUCAGCGACACAUCCCACCAUAACCUCUCCGGCACCUCCAAGGAGACGGCAGAGAGCCCUGCUCGGGGGGAGAAGCCGCGGGAGAGGGGCCUGCAGAGGCAGAGCUCUCGCCACUCAGAGGCGGGCUCUGAGUACACGGUGCUCAGCGUGGCGGACGCAGGUGCGGAGGGGUCCGCAGCCGAGUCUAAAUCCCCAAUCUUCAAAGCCAGUGCUCCUCGGGAGAGCGCCGCGGUCUCCUGGCGAAAUUUCCCGGAUGGACAUACGGAGGAAGUCUGCGAAAUUAAGAAGAGUGCAUCAGAGACUGUCAAAGGCAUCUUCCUCCGCAGUCAGAACAGUGCAUUCCGGUCCUGGAAGGAGAAGGAGGCAGAGAAGAGGGAAGAAAAAGCCCCCAUUGGGAAGCUGAAGCUUCCCAAAGGGGGCGACUGGAGGGCUGAUCUCGGAGAGAUCUCUGCCAGCAAGUCCACCAUCAUGUCUCGCCUUUUCGUCCCCAACAUCCAGCAGACGCCCAAGGACAAGCAGCCGGGGAAGCAGGCUACCAAGUAUCCUGCUGCCCAAGCCACCUCCAUGGCAGUGAUCCGGCCCAAGGCUCCCGAAAUCAAGAUCCGGCUGGGGAGCGUGCAGCAGCCAAGCUCGGACUUCAACAUUGCCAAAUUGCUCACGCCCAAACUGGCCAGCAGCAGCGCCUCUAACCUCUUUAAGACCAUUGAGGACAACAGCAGAGCGCAGCAGAAACUCUUCCGGGGAGACAACCUGGAAAAAGUGCCCCAGUUCCAGGUGAGAGACGUCAGAGACAAGUCCAAGGCCCAGGGCCCCCUCCACCAGGUGAGAGAUGUCAGGAAACUAAUCAAAGGGUCAGGGGACAGCAGUGACAAGGGCAGCGUUACCCCAGAGCAGGGGCUGACCGGGCCCAAACCCAGGCAGCUGGCCGCUGCAGCUGGCGGAUCCAAAUCCCUUUCCCCCAUAGUGAUUACGUGCCAGGCCGUGGUGAACCAGAGGGAAGAUAGCAUGGACCGUGAGCCGAGGGAGAACAUAGGCAAAGGUGGCAGCGGCAGGGUCUUGAAUUCCUCCUCACCGGAAGGGACAGUCUUGGUUCAUAGGGCAUCUGGCAGGCUGCCCGUGGCUACCAUUGCCCCCAAUAAGCCGGAGCAGGGGUCUUACCUGCCUGUGCUCAAGAUCGUCUCUAAGGCUUCUGCUCAGAAGACCCCAGAGAAGGCCAAGGAGGAGGAGGUCAAGGAGGAAGGGAAAGGCCCCAAGCCAUCUCGGAAUGCCCUGGAGAAGCUGACUGCCGCAGUGAGGUCCAUGGAAGAGCUGUACAGCUUCAACAGGAACGAGUGGAAGCGCAAAAGUGACCCUUUGCCCAUGAUGAUGGACAGCCAUGUCCUGUCGCUCAUUGCCAGUGAGGAGAGGGAAGGGGCUGCGGGUGCUGAGGGGGACCCAGACAAGCUGGCCCGACGACUGGGUGAGCUGGAGGAGCGGGGCGCAGGAAACAAAGGCGGUGUGGUCCUGCGUGGGGGCCCCGUGGAACGUCUGCAGCGGAGAAACUCCAACCCUAGCACUGAGAGUGUGUCUGCCCGGGCAGCUGCCUUUGAGAACCUGGCCAGGGAGAGGCCUCGAUCUCUCUAUAUUCCCCCAGUCCACAAGGAUGUGGAAAGAACCCAGCCCCUGCAGCCCCUCCCCCCACUCCCCAGCAACCGAAAUGUGUUCACCGUGAGUGCCAGCAGCACCCAGAAAACUGGGGGUGUCGCUGGCAAGUUCCCACAAGGGCCUUCGCCAGAGAGUCCUUCGGCAGCAAAGGGCAUCAAAUCACAGGGACUCCGGUCCCUCAAGAUCUCUCCGGCCACACGGGCACCUCCUGAUGAGGUGACCAAUAGGAAAAACGGCAGCAAUUUGGAAAAGAACAAUAGUGACUGUGAGAAUUACCUGACCAUCCCCCUUAAAGGAAGCUCUGCAGCUGGAGAGCUUCCGGGCCGGCCCGGGGCUGGGAGGGAGGGGCCGCCCGCCUCCUCAGCGACCACUCUCUGCAGCUUGCCACCCCUGAGCGCCCGCAGUCAGGUCCCCAGUAGUCCCAAAGGCUCUCAGGUCAGUGGAACCGGCCGGCCAGCUUGGCGCACCAAACCCGACAACCCCAGGGAGACAGUAGCUGCCCCCCAAGGGCCACAGAGCCCAGAGCAUCUUCCCACUGCCAUCUACCACCAGCAGCCACUACCCUUCACCCUGCAGGGAGCCCAGCCCCAGGUCCUCUGCUUCUCCCCACCCAGCAUGCCUGCCCCAGCACCUGCAGGCCCGGCCUCAGUCCCCGCAGACCCCUUCCAGCAGCCACAGCCUCAGCAGACCCAGCGCAAGAUGCUCCUGGAUGUGACGACAGGCCAGUACUAUCUGGUGGACACACCAGUACAGCCCAUGACCCGAAGACUCUUUGACCCUGAGACAGGGCAGUAUGUGGAUGUGCCUAUGACCUCCCAGCAGCAGGCUGUGGCUCCCAUGUCCCUCCCUGUGCCUCCUUUGGCCCUGAGUCCUGGGGCCUAUGCACCCACCUACAUGAUCUACCCCGGUUUUCUGCCCACGGUGCUGCCCACCAGUGCCCUGCAGCCCACGCCAAUUGCUCACACCCCAGGGAGCAGUGAGCUCUCGUCCAUGGCGGCAGAGCCCCCCAGCAAAGACGCAGCUUCGACAUUCACUGAGGCCCCAUACUUCAUGGCCUCUGGUCAGUCUCCUGCCUCCUCUUCCUCCUCGGCCGCAGCAGCCACAUCCCAGCUCGUGGGGGCCAAGGGCUUCGCCCAGCUGCACGGCAAGCCUGUCAUCAGCAUCUCUUCGCAACCCCUGGGGCCGAGGAUCAUUGCGCCCCCCUCCUUUGAUGGCACAACCAUGAGCUUUGUGGUAGAACACAGAUGA